AUGGAGGAACUCAGAGAGGUGACUGGUGCCCUUCCUACAUGGAAGGUACCAGGGCCUGAUGGCUUCACAGCUGAAUUUUUUAAGAGCUUUGCGGCAGAGGUGGCUCUAGCCCUGAUGGAGAUGUAUAAAGAGGCACUGGAGGAGGGCAUACUGCCACCAACCUUAAGGCAAGCACUGCUAAGUUUGGUUCCUAAAGAGGGCAAAGACCCAUCUGACUAUAGUGGCUGCACCUGCUCACGGACACACUGCCUAUUCACACCACCAGCAACAUCGCAAAACCACAGCAUGAUAUCCAAUUGUUCAGACCUAGACGACAUACUGGAGAAGUACUACCUAACACCAUCUUAUGCCAUCGAGUUUGCCAUUGGGUUUCCUGGCAACCUUAUAGUUGUACUUGGUUACGUGUUUUGCUUGCAGGAGUGGCAGAGCUGCAACAUUUACCUCAUCAACCUGGCAGUCUCCGACCUUAUUUUCCUCUGCACGCUGCCACGGCUCUCCUACCUCUAUGCCAAUGGCCAAUCAGAAACCAUGGCCGCUGCUUGUGUGAUCAACCGCUAUAUCUUACAUGUCAAUCUUUACGCAUCCAUCCUCUUCAUGGUUUUGCUGAGCAUGGACCGCUACCUGCUCGUGAAACACCCAACAAGAGAUCACUACCUGCUGAAACCACGCACUGCACUGAUUGUCAGCGGUCUGGGCUGGCUAGCUGUCAAUGCACAAAUUGCUCCGAUGGUAGCACUGAUGAUUGAUGACCUGAGGAUCACAAACUGGAAAAGAUGCAGAGACUAUGCAAGUCUACAAGGACAAGUCGAUUCAUUCAGUUACAGCCUAGGGCUGACUGUGAUUGGUUACAUUCUCCCACUGCUUGGAAUUUUUGUCUUCUCCUACAAAAUUGCACAGCUGCUCCAUGCCCAGGAAAGGGCUAUACAGCGCAGGACAACAUCGUUCAAGAGGCCUCUCAGGGUUGUUACAUUAGCUGCAGCCAUGGUUCUGGUUCUCUAUUCUCCCUACCAUGUGUUGAGAAACAUCAGAAUAGCAUCUAAGCAGCCCUGGGCUGGGCUGCCUCAUUGUACAAAGAUGUACAUAGAGGGCAUGUAUAUUGUGAGUCGGCCGCUGAUCUUCGUGCACAGUGUCAUCAACCCUGUCUUCUACUUCCUCAUGGGCGACAAGUUCAGAGAGCUUCUAGUGACAAAGAUCAGAAAGCUGGCAAGAAAAACAGAGCAGCAAAACUCAUCAGCCCUACAAAAUUCAACACAAGAUCCCUGA